ACCGAGUUCCAUAACAAUGUCCCUUCUGCGGUCCCAGAGGUUUAUAAGCGUGUGGAGGGAUUUGGUGCUGGCAAGGGGGCUAAAGGAGGAUGUUUAUACGGACCGAACCCCUCUCCUGUCCCGGCAGACGGAGGAGCGGGGUGGGCAGGCCAACUGCCGCCGGAACUGGAGCCGUCCGGCGUGCGGUUUCCGCAGGGAAGGCUUAGGCAGCGGUCUCAGCCUCCAGACUUCCGGGUUCGGUCCUCUGGUUCGGUGGGCCGCAGUCAUUAUGGAGGAACCAGAGAUGCAGCUCAAGGGAAAGAAAGUCACGGACAAGUUCACUGAGAGCAUCUAUGUCCUGGCCAAUGAGCCAUCCGUGGCCCUGUACCGGCUGCAGGAGCACGUACGCCGCUCCCUGCCCGAGCUGGCCCAACACAAGGCCGACAUGCAGCGGUGGGAGGAACAGAGCCAGGGAGCCAUCUAUACUGUGGAGUAUGCCUGCAGCGCCGUGAAGAACCUGGUCGACAGCAGUGUCUACUUCCGCAGCGUCGAGGGUCUGCUCAAACAGGCCAUCAGCAUCCGGGACCACAUGAAUGCCACCGCUCAGGGCCACAGCCCCGAGGAACCACCCCCACCCUCCUCAGCCUGAUCCCAGAAGAGACUUGGAGGCCCCUCCACCUCCCCCAACCCAGCCUGACCAAAGUGGGCCCUUGGACACAGUCUCAUGGCGCCUGACAAGGACCGAAGACUGAGCAAGAGUGACUAGCACCUUCCUCCUGCUCCUGCCUGAAGCUUCCACACCCCACUGUGAAUGUCCCCAGAUGUGUCUUUGCUACUCCUGGACUCUUACCUAAUCCCCAUCAGCCAUGGACAUGGCCCCUUGGACCAAUAACUGCCACCUCCAUAAUCCUGAUCAUGCACCCACUGUGUGUCCAGUGCUGUGCUGGAGGCUGCGUGAGGAUAAUCUCAUUUUAUUCUCAGACAGCCCCGUAAGGCAGGUCUCACACCCAAACACAGAUGGGAAAAGAGAGGCUCCCAGAGGGGAUGUGACUUGCUCUAGGUCUCACAGCAAGAGAAGAGGAGACCCUGGCCUAGUUUGGCCCCAGCCCUGCCUCUGGUGUGCUGGGUGAUGCAGGGCCUGGUGCUAGCCCUCUCUGGUUCUCCCUUUCUCUGUCUGGACCGGACCUCUCUACAGGAUGAGGUGGACACUCUCAGACCUGCCUGCCCCACCUGUGUUCUGCUUCAAGCAGCAACUUCUGCCCCAGGCCCUGACCAUAUGGAGAAGCCACCCUGAGUUCCAGGGGUAGACAUGGGACCAUGACCUGUCCAGUCAGAGCCCUCCAUCCCCCAGAUCACAGUGAUUGGUUGGAGAUGGGCAUGUGACCCAAUGAGACGGCUUCCCUGGGAAUUUUGCUGGAAACAUGAAGAAGGAAGUGUCUUCUUGCCCAGGUGGUUGAGCUGAGUGGCCGGAAGGUACGUCACCUGAGAGCAUUGCGUGUGGCCCUGGCCCCUCUGUACCUGACACUAGUCAAUCUCAAUUCUUCAGUUUCAUGAGCUCCUGAAUUACCAUUUUUGCCAAAAUUUGCUUUGAGUGUGUUUCUGCAGCCACGUGCAGAAGAGCCUACACUCCUGCCUGUGAAUUCCAAGCCUGGGUGGUCACGUGUCCACGGUUCGUACACCAAUGCAGUGUUAGCCCAGAGUCCUUUGUUCCAGUAAAAUGUAUUAGAAAGA